AUGUACCAGCUCCUGGGAAGGCUGGGACUGCCCCCGACGGGAACGCCCGCGGCCGCGCUCCCGGCCAGACGUCCGUCACUUCCGCGCCAGCCCGGGCCGCUGAACGCGCGGCCACGCGGCGCUCGGGCACCAAACGGCCGCGGACACCUCGGGGGCGUCCUUGACCUCCAGGACUACGGACCGUUGUCCUUUUCUCUCCUGACAGCAGCCAAGGCCCAGGAACUUGACUUCUCGGCCCAGGAAACGUUCGCGCCUCUGCACCCUUCUCGGUCGGGCCCGCCCACCCACAGCGACGGAAGCGAGGCCGGGCCAAGUGCAAGGCCGAGCCUCGAGGCUGCCUCUGUCCGGCAGGCCCUCCUCCUGCCUCCGCAGGUUGCUGCCGAGUUCGCCAAGGGCAGCCUUCCCAAAGGCCGGAGAGCGAACGAGCUGCGGAGCCGGACUCGACCGCCCGGAGCUGACUGCGGAGUUCUUUCGCUCCGCGCCACCCGUCUGUUCCGUCGCCAAGCGGCGUCCCGCCCACCUUCCUGUGGCCGCUGCCACGUCCUCCCCCCACAAAAUGAGUAUAUUGAAUUACACCGUAAACGCCAUGGAUAUCGUUUGGAUUACCAUGAGAAAAAGAGAAAGAAGGAGAGUCGAGAGGCUCAUGAACGUUCAAAGAAGGCAAAGAAGAUGAUUGGUCUGAAGGCUAAGCUCUAUCAUAAGCAGCGCCAUGCUGAAAAAAUACAAAUGAAAAAGACUAUCAAGAUGCAUGAAAAGAGAAACACCAAGCAAAAGAAUGAUGAAAAGACUCCACAGGGAGCAGUGCCUGCCUAUCUGCUGGACAGAGAGGGGCAGUCCCGAGCUAAAGUACUGUCCAAUAUGAUUAAACAAAAACGAAAAGAGAAAGCGGGAAAAUGGGAAGUCCCUUUGCCUAAAGUUCGUGCCCAGGGAGAAACAGAAGUAUUAAAAGUUAUUCGAACGGGAAAAAGAAAGAAGAAGGCAUGGAAGAGGAUGGUUACUAAAGUUUGCUUUGUUGGAGAUGGCUUUACAAGAAAACCACCCAAAUAUGAAAGAUUCAUUAGGCCAAUGGGCUUACGUUUCAAGAAAGCCCAUGUAACGCAUCCUGAACUGAAAGCCACCUUUUGCCUGCCAAUACUUGGUGUAAAGAAGAAUCCCUCAUCUCCACUAUAUACAACUUUGGGUGUUAUUACCAAGGGGACUGUCAUUGAGGUCAAUGUGAGCGAGUUGGGCCUUGUGACACAAGGAGGCAAAGUCAUUUGGGGGAAAUAUGCCCAGGUGACCAACAAUCCUGAAAACGAUGGAUGCAUAAAUGCAGUCUUACUGGUUUGACAAAAGUUUCAUACAAGUAAACUCCUUAUAAUUAUUGACCACAUAUCAGUUGGGAAAACCACCUUUACUGUGAUGUUUCUUAAUACUACCAAAGAGCCUUACUUGUCUGCAGUCAAGAGAACUAUUUAUUAAAUUGUAAAAAAAAAA